UACAAUAAAAUUUGAAACUGAGGGGUUAAAGUUCAAUUUAAAUAAAAUCCCAGAAGUGCAAUCACCCAGGAAUAUAGUAGAUGUCCCUUUCGUCUUCUUUGGAAAACAGGACACUUUUUUCAUUCAGAAAAUGCUUUCCAAGGAAGAGGUUGUCUACUUCUUAACGGAUGUGCUCGAAAUAAAAGACGUGGAAGUUCUCCUUGAAUCGUUAAAUAAACUUGACCUCAUAAAUACCAUAAUGGCGUCCUACAGAGAGAAAGAACCUUUUCAGAAUAUUAUUCUGAUGGCAACAGACCCAAAUGAAAGACAUCGACCUACGUGGAAUGAAAUAAAACGAGGCAUGUUUCUUAAACAAGGAGGACUCUGUUAUUCCCACCAUAUAUUUCUUUUCGCUUUAUUUAAGGCCUUAAAUGUUGAUGUUGCCAUGGUCCAUUCAACGGUUACCUCGCCAAACAAUCAUUUAGUUAUCAUUGCAAAGAACGUACUGAAAACUAAAGACGCGUACUUGCUUGAAGCGGGCUGUGGUUACCCAACUUUUCGAAUAAUAUCUUUGGAUUUUGAAGAAGAAUCCCCAAUAUUUUUCGAUUCAUUUUUAGAAUAUAAAUUGGUUAGAUUUGAUGGUAAAAUUUUACGGAUGCAUAGAAAAGGGGAUAUGCGACCACCUAAAGAUGUAGACACCAGUUUCUAUAUCGGAGAAUGGAGGAGAUUUUAUGACUUCGAUCUGAAUGAAAAUGAAAAUGUACAAGAUUUUGAUGAAGUCUUUCAUGAUGUCUACACAAAUCCAGAUAGGUCGCCUUUCCAUAAGAGUUUUCGUUUCGUUUCAUUUCGAGACCAGAAAACUCAGAUAUUGGUCAACAAAAAAUCACUGAUUGAAAAUGAUCAACAUGAACUUGAAACAACGAAGUUCGAGUCCGAUGGGGAAAUUAUAAAAUGUCUUAAUUCAUUUACUAAUGCCAUUGAUGAAUCCUGCGUCCGAAAAGCUCUUGAUAACUGGCGCAAAUCUGCAAAAAGUUGUCAAAGUUUAGUCUAAAACAAGGAUUAUUAGACGCGGAAAAUGACGUCAACAUGGUAAGGGGAUAAGGCGAAGGGAGGUUUACCAAUCGUAAUGUAACAAACAGACGCUUUAUAAUUACAAAUAUAUGAUAGUAACAUCAAUUAAUUGUGUGAUAUGUUUAAAUAGUGUGAAUAAUAAGGGACAAUUGUUAUUAAGGAUGCUUUCUCGCUUAUAAACUGUGGGAUUUGAUGAUAUAUUUGGACUAAUUUAUCUAACAAAACCUUGCUUCAAAUUCCUCCCAAAAGUAAAUUUUUGGAUUAUUCUCUACCAACAUCUUUUUUCCGCGGUUUAAUCGCAAUGUCUACUGGAUGUUCAUGUUUUCACAACCGUUAGCCAUUAGAUCAAAACAUACAAAGCGCUCUUUUCUGGAUAAUGUAGCCCUCUAAGCUCUAACUAGUAUAACCUCUAAUGGCGGAUGAGGCGGGGUUUCAAACAAAUCAUUUUUAUUUUUACUGGUAAACACAGGCUAUUUGCCGUUGGAAACGGGGUGCGUCAGAUUUCGUACAAUCCGAACGAAUAGACAGCUGGAAUGGAAUAUCUCAGUUUGGGUGUUUCAUGCUAAUGAGCAACAUAAUCAUAAGUCACUAACUGUAUAAAAAAAGCAAUGUGUAGAAUGAAUUCUAUAAAAUAUUAUCUGAUAAAACAAUUUGUUUAACUA